CCGGAGAAAAGCAUUCGCGUACUACUUGCUUGCGAGCUCCUUGGAUGGGUUAUACUCCCGAUGACAAUGUUCUUCAUUCUACCUUGACCGAUGCUGUCAGGCUCGUUCCUGCAAUCAUCGUAGAAUCUGCACUGUUCGGUGUUCUCUCUCUUGUUGUCUUAUUCUCGACGACUACACUCUUGCAGCAAAGCAUUGCCAUUCGGCCUCGAAUUUUCAUGAUGGCUGCUACACUAGUCAUGUACCUUGCGUCCGCGACGCAUUGGAUAUUGAACUGUUAUACACUCAUGAGAGAAAUUCGAGGACCGGAAGCCUGGGCAGCCCUACCGGUUGAGACCGUAUUCAGAUGGUCGCUCAUAACGACAAUCGCCCUAUUCUUCUCGUUCUGGAUCAGUGACAUAGUCGUGAUGUGGCGUGCUUGUGUAUUGUGGGUUUGGAACCGGUACGUGUUAGGAACCGCGGUCGUCUUCAGUGUUGUACCCCUUAUACUCGCCACCAUUGAUGCCGCUACGUCUCAUCCAACCACCGCACACAACACCUUCCAACCCAACAUAUUCGGUCUCUUGGCUCUCCUUCUGUCCUUGCUCUCGAAUAUCUGGGCCACAUCAUUGAUAGGCUACAAAGCAUGGCGUCAUCGUAAAGACAUAAAAUCCCACCUGGGUAGUGGAGGCACUGCGGCGUCAGCAGUUCGUAGCAUCAUGGCGUUGCUCGUGGAAUCCGGAUUUCUGUAUUGCAUUACCUGGGCUCUCUUUAUUAUCAGCACAGCCCUGCUCAACAAGGGCAAAACAGCCACUGUGGCUCACAUUAUCGCCGGUACUGUGCCACAACUUGUGGGACUGUACCCCGCUGUCAUCAUCGUGCUCGUCUCCCUUCAAAAAUCUCAUACGGAGCGGAACUUCACGCAGCAAAACAUCGAGAUACGGCCUCGAAUUUUCAUGCUGGCUGCUACAUUGGUCAUGUACCUUGCGUCUGCGACGCACUGGAGCUUGAACUGUUAUACACUCCUGAGACAAAUUCGAGAACCAGAAGCAUGGGCAGCCCUGCCCAGCGAGACUGUGUUCAGGUGGUCUCUCAUAACGACAAUCGCCCUAUUCUUUUCGUUCUGGAUUAGCGAUAUGGUCGUGAUGUGGCGCGCUUGUGUUCUGUGGGUUUGGAAUCGGUACAUUUUUGGAACUGCGGUGGUCUUCAGUAUUGUACCCUUAAUACUCGCCAUCAUCGAUGCCGCUACAUCUCAUCCGACCGCCGCUCAACUCACCUUCCAGCCCAGUAUAUUCGGUCUCUUAGCUCUCCUUCUGUCUUUACUCUCGAAUAUCUGGGCCACAUCGCUGAUAGGGUACAGAGCAUGGUGUCAUCGUAAAGACAUAAGGUCUCACUUGGGUAAUGAAGGUACCCCAGCGUCAUCAGUUCAGAGCAUCAUGGCAUUGCUCGUGGAAUCUGGCUUUUUAUAUUGCAUUACCUGGGCGUUCUUCAUUCUCAAUACGGCCCUGCUAAUCAAGGGUAAAACAGCAAAUGUGGCACACGUUAUAUCUGGUGCUGUACCACAACUCGUGGGCAUCUAUCCUGCUGUAAUUAUUGUUCUCGUAUCCCUGAGAAAAUCGCAUACGGAGCGGAAUUUCACGUACGAGUCUCCGGAAGAGUCGAUAAUAUUUGCCGCUGCCCCACGCACACAGGGGUCAAUGGCGACAAGUAGUCACCAUGUUCGGACUAUCCAGGAUCAAAGGAGCGCUCCAUCUUUGCCCCCGGAUCCUCCGAUAGAAGAUGCGUUGGAGCAGUAGGCCGCAUGUUUAAGAACGUCUAGCAUACGUUCACGGUGGUUUCCGUAGUUGCUCCUACUUACCUAUUCCUUGCUCAUUCCAUACGUUCUCUGUUCACCAUCCAGGUUUGAUAGUUCUGCGUUGUCUCGCUACAUCUUAUGGCCACGUUCACUCGCUAUUAAGAUAGUUAUAUGUACUCGUACUUGCUCCCUGCACCUCAGAUUAUUG